AUGGGCGCCUCCAUGUUUUCCGCAGACCUCUCGUGGACCGACCAGCGCGCCGAGACCGUGGGCCAGCGUCGCGAGCGACGCCUGCGCAGCCGCGACCAUGGCGACUCGACCCCGAGCCUGCAGUCCGACGACUCGGCCUCCAAGUCCAGUUUCUGGUCGCUGCCUGUCCGCCGCAAGAACAACAACCCCGACAAGUCCCCCGUCCUGAACUCGUCCUCCCGCAAGAGCUCCAAGCUGUCCCUCCACAGCCGCUCCCACUCACGCCCACGGGAAAACAGUCUGGAUUCCGCCGCCAGCUGGUCCACCCCUGCUCAGCUUCCCGCUCCCGUGCUGCCAGCUCUGCCCUCCAUCUCCUCAUUUGGGACCGUCCAGCCGCCAUGCUCGCCGCUCUACUCCACCACGAGAUCGUCCGGUAAACACAACCCUCGCCGCCUUUUGCACUCGAUGCUGAGAGAUGAUGCAGUCUGUACCGUGCAACACGCGGGCCGUGAAGCCCACUGCAGAGAACGACGCAUCAUCGAAGAGGUCGAAGCCUAUGAAGCCCAACAACUGAGCGAGGACUCCUACGUGUCGAGAACAACAACCCGCAGUACUGAGACUCACCCUGCGCGCUUGCCCAGUGUAAUUGCUGAUGAGGAGCAGGCUUCUUCCUCGACUCACGCUCGUUCGGGAGGCUCCUUGUCGAGCCAGUGCGCAUUAGACAAUGACGCCACCAGCUCCACCUACCACUCCUCACCCGACGUCGGCCCUCAUUGCACCUGGAAGGCUCCCGCGGAUUGGGAUAUCGCCUCCAUACGCUCCUUCUCGCAAAACCGCCAGUCUUUCGACAGCUCUUUCCUGUGCGACACCGACGUUGCAGAGCUGACGCAGUUUCAACGUUUUGUUCGUCGCAUGGAGCGUGCAGAUCCGAAGCUUAUCCUUGCACGCUUGAAAGAUGAGCCGUCUCCGGAUAUCCUGGCCACCGAUCCCUACGCCGAGGAGGAGGUUGCCGUCGAGAAGCACUUGUGGUGCCUUACCGCCCUGCAGCUGCAGAACAUGGAGAAUUCACUAGUACCCAACCAAGGAGUAGGGCCCCUUUUGGGUCUUCCUACGCUCUUCCGACAGCCAAAGCGAGUCCUGGAGCUUUACAGCAAUUUGGCCGAAGUCUAUCAGUUAUCCGCCAUCUACCCCAAGUCGCACAUCUCGUAUCUGACUGUACACAAGCCACUGGCCAGCAUCCCGCUCCCUGCCAACAUCCAUCCCCUGACCGUGGAUUCUGCCGGAAUCCUGCCUUUCCCUUACCCCACAGACUCGUUCAAUCAUAUCCGGUGCGCUGCGCUCCCCUCACAUCUGCCGUCAUCCAAGAUUCAGCCAGUCCUUCGCGAUCUGCUUCGGAUGCUUGUUCCCGGAGGUAUCUUGGAGCUACGCCUCGUUGACAGCACACCGGUACGCACCACCAUGGGCCCAAGGUUGCGCGCGUGGUUUGAGGACCACUUGCUGUUGAACCUGGAGAAAGAGUUUCUCUGCUCACGGCCGCUCGCGCUGUUACCGGGUUGGGUGAGUGAUUGCGGCUUCAGUGUUCUAGAAGGCGGCGGUGGAGGCAAGGAUCUCGUGGUCCAGCGGCUGCGGCUGCCUGCGUGCGCUCCUCCCAGAGACAGCGAGCCCAGGCACGCGCCACUCCACUCGAAACAGAGGACAGACAUGCAAGACGGCACCAAGCGCAGCACACUCGAAUACAACAAAAGGAACGCUACGAUGGGCAGCGGCACCGAGGCCUUGGAUUUUGCAGCUUUCACCGAGAGCGAGAGGGAGCAGGCGGCGCUGGAUGGAGAAUUGGCGACGUUCGUAGCUCGUGGCCUCUGGAAGGAUUGCUGGGGCUCGCUUGUCGACAAUGGCUCCACGUUGCGCCACGACGUCAUCUGGUGGUGGGAUGAUCCGGAAAUAGUGCGCGAAUGCUGGGACUACGGAACCGUGUUCGAGUGCGGAACCAUGUUUGCUUUUAAGGAGUGA